AUGCUCGUAGAAGGCCCAGAAAAGAAGACUGUUUCUUCAGCAGUGGCAACUUUUGCUGAUAUUUCAGUUUCGGCUCAAGAUGUCGUUAACUGCUCUUACUCUCAGUGGUAUAACAAAUUCUCCAGUUACACCUAUACCAAGGCCGAGAUCCUAAGACCGGUUCCUAUAGAAUUUAUUAAUUAUUUAUUGAGCGAUGAUAUCAUCCUUCCUAAAGAUGAACAAGGGUCCAGCUUGUUCCAGAAAGUUGAACUCAACAGCGAUAACGAGUACAGUGAUUGGGAAGAAGAAGAAGAUGAUGAUGCUGAUGCUGAUGCUGAUGAAGACAAAGAUCUGUCAAAUAAGGCAUCUCCUACCAGCACUUUCCCCAGCUUCCACCAGAAAAUCAAAGAUGCCAUACAAAGAUUAGGUGGGAAAGUGGCUCCCAAACUUAACUGGACAUCUCCUCAGGAUGCCACAUGGAUGAUGAUGAACAAUACGAUGGAAUGCCAUAACGCUACGGAGUUGUACCUUCUUUUGAAGUCCUCCGACUAUAUAAACCACGAUAUCGGCCAUGCGUUCGAAUGUGUGACAGAGGGGCCUCAAAAUGUUCCUGAGGGGUUCGAAUACGAGCUAGUUCUACGCAAAUGGUUCGAUAUCAACCCUUCCAUGGAGUUCCGCUGCUUCGUUAGAGAUAGGCAGUUGAUAGCCAUCUCUCCUAGGGAUCUAAACUACUAUACAUUUAUGAAGGAUUUCGAAAAUGAAAUCGUCGAUAAGAUUGACCUUUUCUUUGACAGUGUACUUCUUCCCAAAUUCGACUCAAACAGCUUUGCAUUCGACGUCUACAUACCUAAACCUCUUACCACAGUAUACCUAGUUGACGUGAAUCCAUUUGCUCGUCAGACGGACUCUUUGUUGUUUUCGUGGAACGAGUUGGCUACCAUGAAAUCCGAUGAUGAUGGUCCUCUUUUCCGUAAGGUUGAACAGGCCAACAGCGGUAGAUUUGCUUCAAGAGCCCACAGUCAGAAUCAGGUUCCUAAGGAGAUCGUAGAUGCCUCUCUAGAUACCGAAGCUCUCGUUGAGUUGGCUCAAGGGUGGGAUAAGAUGAUGAAAAAAGAGGAUGGUGACUAG